AUGAUGGAAGUACAGUAUGAUAACGAUGGCAAUCAAGCUAAGAUUUAUUGCAAAGCUUAUGGAGCUCCACCUUUGCAUUUCCAAUUCCAAUGGUAUCGAAUAACUGGAAGGAAUAAGACAAAAUUAAGUGGAAAUUAUAAUGCAAAUCAAGGAUCAUCUAUUAUCAAUGUACUACCAAUCGAUCGAAGAAAAGUAGAACAAACUGGAAAGAUUAUUUGUAUUGCUCGAAAUACUUUGAUCAAGGAUUCUCAAUGUCAAUAUCAAGGCAAUGUAAAUCCACUAGAUGAUGCUACUUGGAUGGUCACGCUGAUUAGUAUUUUAGGAUCUGGAACACUAACGUUAUGUAUUAUCGGCGUAUUGCUAAAAGUAACACGAAAUCAGACUAUCACUGGGUUGGCCAGAACCUUAGUGACUAUACUCAGUAGAGAAGUCUUGAUAAUUCAAACACAACCAUUCUUAACUGAAGAUAUAGAAGAAUUUCGUAAGGAAAUUGGAGCAACUUAUAAAGCCAGAGUCUUCUAUAUUGACAAUACAACUGCAUGGGCAGAUAUGAGAACAGUUGUGGCAAAUUUAAAAAGAUUUAAAGUUGUCAUAUGUAUCAUUAGUGAAAAAAUACUGCAUGAAGGUGUCAGUAACCUACAAUUUAAAGAUUUUUUAUGUAAAAUUAUUACUAAAUGUAUAGAAAAAGAGAAUGUGACCGGUAUGCCGCCUAUACUUAUUCUUAAAAAGGAGGAAUUUAAUCAUAGCCACUAUCCCGAUGACGUCGAUCAAUUAGAAUGCAUUGAUAUUCACUUAAAGGACGAGCAAUUUCAGCAAUUGCUAAAAUCUCAUUUAACGAAUGAGCAAAUUCAAUGGCUAGAAGAUCAUUUUACUGAUCAGCAAUUCAAGCAACUGCUUAAAAUAUAUUAUAACGAUCAAUCAUUUCAGCUAUUGCGAGAAAAUUGUUUAACCCAUGAGCAAUUUCUAAUGUUACUUGUAAGUCAUUUAGACGAUGACCAAUAUCAGCAAUUACUAAAAACUCAAUUAACUGGUGAGCAAAUUCAAUACCUAGAAGAUCACUUAAAUCAGCGGCAAUUACGACAAUGGAUUAAAAAUUAUUUCACAAAUCAACAACUUCAAAUAUUACAAGAAUCUCGUUUAUCAACCGAUCAAGAAUUACAGCAAUUGGUAGAAAACCAGUUAACUGAUGAUCUACUCCAAUCAUUCCUGCAAACUCGUUUAACAGAUGAGCAAAUUCAAUGGUUAAAAGAUCAUUUAACUCCUCAGCAAUUAAAGCAAUUGCUUAAAAAUUAUUCCAUCAAUAGACAAUUUCAGCCUUUGCUAAUAGCUCUUUUAACCAAUGAGCAAUUGGAACUGCUGCUUCAAAGUCAUUUAAUCGAUGAUCAAUUCCAACAAUUACUCAAAAAUAGCCUAACUAGUCAGCAAAUUCAAUGGCUAGAAAAUCAUUUAGCUGAUCAGCAAAGCAAGCAAUUUCAACAAGUACAAACAAAUAGGUUAAGUACUGAACAAUUUCGUCAGUUGACAGAGAGUCAUUUAACCCAUGAUCAAUAUGAACAAUUACUCGAAAGCUUUGCUCGAUUUUACUAUUACGAUUGGAAGGAUUGA